UGAGCGCAAUCCACGCCCCCUCCUCGCGUAGCGAUUGGCUGAGCCACAUGCCAAUCAGCCCGGUGGCACCGCCCCCCUCGGCGUGCGCAUGGGCCGUGCGGGAGGGACGGCGGAGGUUUCGUUCCAGAGAAGCCUUGUCCUGGUUUCUGUAUGAAUGUUCCAGGUUUAUUUCAUUUUGCAUUCUUACUGAGAGGGGUGCAAACACCAUCAUGGACACGGUGGGGUCUGAGGAAACAGCAGCUCUCCCUGCUCAGCAUCCCCUUACUGCAGGCAGCGAGAAAAAGGAACUCUCUGAAUCUCCUUGAAAUAAGUGAGGCAGAUUUAGAAGAACAGUUUGUAAGAGGUGACGGCCCAGGAGGUCAAGCCACAAAUAAGACAAACAACUGUGUUGUUCUGAAGCAUAUUCCAUCUGGGAUUGUAGUGAAGUGUCAUCAGACAAGAUCACUGGAGAAGAACAGAAAGAUUGCCAGAGAAAUCCUGCAGGAAAAAGUUGACCUUUUCUACAAAGGCGAAGACAGUGAUGUUUUUAAAGAGAAGAAAGCAUCAGAGAAGCAAAAGCAGGAGAAAAAAAGAAGAGCAAAGGAAAACCUAGAAAGGAAAAAGCUUUUUAAAGAGAUGCAACAAUUGGAUAAGGAAUAAACAUGUGAAAUAUAGCCUUGCCCUAGCAGGGUAAGAGAAUUGUUUGUCAUUAGACCCAAACAGUUUUCCAGCUAACAAAUGAUGCAGAGCUUCACAAGCACAGCUGAAACUCCAGUGCUGACCUGCUGUUCCUGUAAAGCUGAGGAGAUAAAAGCACUAAUGUACUUCUGCUUCUCCCUGCCAUCAUCUCAUUAAUCACAUUCAGCAAUCAGUUUUUCUGCCAGGUCUAGGAGAUAAAGGAAUCCUUGUUAAAGAGGAGCUAUAAGCUUUCCACCAUUGUUAGCACAGGCCAAAAAAAAUCAAUAGAUUUCCUUCUGUGCAGAUGACACCUUGGGCUGCUUCCUGGGAGCUCCAGCACAUGAGAAUAGCACUAAAAGGUUCUCACUUCCCAUCCUUCCUCAGGCAGUGCCUUCAGUGACAUAAAUCCUUUACAAACUGUGACCAGGUUUGGAUGCUGGUUGUGAUGGAGUGAACUGAGCUGCUGCUGGAAGAGGCACCAGUCACUGGUUCAGACCCAUCAGCUGAACAAAUGCUCUGUCCCCCUCAGCUCUGAGUAAAGUUUAACCAGAAGCUUUCCAGAUCUUACCUGGAGUGGUGCUGAGCACUGGGGCACAGGGAGGGCCCUCCUGCAGGUCAGGGAUGGUCACUCAUGGCUCUCCAGUUUAGAGGUAAAACUGAGUCAUUACAGAUAAAAACAUUACCUGUGUUGGAAGCUGCCUCGCAAGGCAACAGAGUCCAGUUCAUCCGAGCUCUGAAUUAAUUAAUUAGAGUUGUUAUGUUUAUGCUGUGCUGCAGUUCAGCUUGGCCAUGUUGGUACCUUCUCUCAUUUUGACAGUUUCUAAUUUUAUAGGAACAAAUGCAGCUGCGUUUCCUUUGUCACCAUUCCUCUGAAGCCACUCCUGACUGGUUUUAUCCUGUUAAAAAUUCCAGCAGCUUAACCAGAACUUCUCUUUAAUUUUUGGACAGCACCCUCCCCAGUUGCCACCAUGUUUUGGCCUUCAACAAAGACCCAAAGCCAGAGUAUGGAUUUUGAAGGCAGCAGAGGCUUCUAGAAUUUCACCUCCUUGUCCCAGAGACCAGCUGUACCCUGUGCCAUGGAUGGAGUUCUCCAGCAAUCUGCAGGCCCCUUCCCUUGUCCCUUCCUAAACUCCUGCAUGAAGGUUAAAUUUUUAUCUGUUGACAGUUCUUGCUCCUGGAGUAUGAAUCUGAUUAAAGUGACUGUACAUAGUUUUAAUACAAACUGUUAAUGAAAAUAAGCUUUAUUACGUCAAGUAAUAAAUACAUACAAAGAUGCAAA